AUGGUGCAAUUAACAAGAUCGCAGGCUCAAAUCAAGAAAUGCACCAUUAACAUGCACGACUCACCCUCCUCCGGACCUCCGGUUAUGCAUGCGAAAGAUUCGCGAAUUCUUGGUUGUACCACGGAUCUCAAGAAGGAAGACUGUAUGGAGCUCUAUGAGAAAUGGGCCGCCUCCUACAACGAAGACCUUGCCGACGCAUCCCAGAACUAUAUCGCCCCGCUCCUGGUUGCCCAAGCCGCCCUCGCCUCAAGCAAAGACCCCGAGGCUACCGUAUUGGACGCCGGUUGUGGCACGGGGCUCGUGGCCGAAGCCCUUGCUAAGGGCAGCAAAUGGACUAUUGAUGGCAUGGAUUUGUCUCCUGCCAUGCUCAAGGUCGCAGAACAGACUGGCGUGUACCGAAGCCUCUUCAAAGUAGACCUCACACAACCGAUCGAUCAACCAGACCAGAAGUACGAUAUCGUGACAUGCUGCGGCACCUUCACGCGUGGCCAUGUCGGGCCCGACCCUGCCCUGAGGGAACUCAUCCGUCUUCUCAAGCCAAACGGUGUCAUCGCCGCCACCGUCCUCGAAGAGAUUUGGGUGUCCGGCGGCUACAAAGCCGAAGCCGACAAGCUAGAGAAGGAAGGUCUAGCAAAGGUGGUCAGUCGAGACCUCAUCGACUAUCGAAAGGGAGCCGGCGACAAAGCAACAUUGCUCCUGAUGAAAAAGACAGCUUCCGCUUGA